AUGAGCCAAGUCCGAGUUCGUCGCAGGGCUACAAAAGCCUGUCUAGGUUGCCGUGAACGGAAAGUCCGCUGUGAUGUUGUUAUAUGCGGGCCUCCUUGCACCAACUGCUAUCUAGACGGCAAGAGUUGCAUCAUCACUCAGAGGAUGAACAAACGCCGGCGGCCUCAAAGCCCCGAUGUACUUUGGGAUGUUUCCGGCAGCUCGUUCUCACCGUUGAGGGCGAAGAAGACGAGCAACUCUCCCGAGCACCUUGAACGCGGCGUCGCUGGGGCCUUUGCUUAUGGCAAUGCCUUCGGCCAAGGCGGUGACGCGGACACCAGUGCAGGGAUUCCUCUUGCCAACGCACCUAGUUCACCAGAUUCAACUGAUUCUCCGCUGCUUUGCCCUGUGCAAGCAGCCAAGACGCACAUAGCUUCAGCCAGGUCGAAUGAGGUGCACUACUCUGAUUACUCAUUCAUGACCAUGAGGAAUUGGGGCCUUCUUUCGCAACAAGAUGUCCACUUUCUGGACCUCAAGGGGUGCCUUCGUCUUCCACCCAAGGUCAUACUAGACGAGUUUAUGCGGCUGUAUUUCCUUCAUGUGCAUCCUCGUCUCCCAUUACUUGACGAAGGUAGCUUCUGGACUACGUAUUGCCUCGAUCCAGCUCCGGACCCACCCAACCAGGGCAUUUCCUUGCUUUUGAUGCAGGCCAUGAUAUUUGCAACCAGCGCUACGAUUCAAUGGUUGCUGAGAACUGAGGAGUUUGCAAUGCAAGCCACCAUUCAGAGUUUAGGGUUUACAGACAUUCGGCGAGCUAGGUCAACAUUCUACCAAAGAGCCAAGGUUCUUUUUGACUUCAAUGCAGAGUCCUCGCCCAUGGUGCUGUCUCAAGCCGCGCUCCUCCUCUCGUUUUGGUAUUCAAUGUCGAGAACAGGCCCUCAAAAGCCCAACAGCCUGUGGUUGAGCAUCGCAAUACACCACGCCCGAUGCCUGGGAGCCCACGAAGCCUGGGAGACUCCAGACCUCCCAGCCCAGUCGGAAGAAUCACACUUACUAAGACGAUUGUGGUGGUGCUGCGUCAUUCGUGACCGGAUUUUGUCAUUGGGCUUGCGACGAAGACUUCAGAUCACCAAGGUCCCGCCAGUCCUGCUCCCUUCUGAGUUUGAGAACGAAAUAAACCACUCAGAGGUCAUCAGACCGGAAAACAAGCGGAAGCUUGUGUGCAUUCUCUUAAGAGAAAUGGAAUUAUGCGGGCUUUUGACAGAUCUUCUAGAGCUUAUCUGCCUACCUGAUUGCUAUCGGGUGAAUUACACUCAAAAGGAGAUAGCCAAAUUGUCAGGCUGCCGUGAUGCCUUGCAAAAAUGGUUCAUCGUGACAAGCACCGUCAUUCCAACCCCACAGCUUGACAACAGGUUUCGUGACCAGUCAGUGAUUGUACAUGGCAACCUCAUGUACAUGUAUUACCAUUUCGAGUGUGGCCGAGAGGUUCAAGAAGCAAGUUUUAGCGUCAUGGAAUGUCUUGAAGAACUCACCCAACUAGGACUUGUCCAAUAUCUACCUCUCAGUGUGAUGGCUUUCAUCGCCUUUCCAUUACUUCUAAGCACACUGGAUCUGCAGGUUCUAGCUACGGCUAAUCUUCCCGCCAAAUUGGCAAAGAAAAAACACCGCUUCCAGGUCUUGGUGGACGCAAUGAAAGAGAUUGAGCCGCGCCACGAUGGCGUGGAAUUGAUACAUACUGCCAUCCGGCACCUCGUCAAUCUCGUCCAGGUGGACAAUGCUUUGACCUCGAACAGCCUGAUAACAGAAUUCACGGAUGUCUUGGCUUGGAAGCCUGGCAUUUACCUACGUCUGACACUGACUAUGGACUUGAGCUUAAGUCUCAUCAGGCUCCCAGAGGACAGGGACUUUCCCAUCGCCUUAAGGAGUAACUGUGGUCCUGAGGCUAAUCUGAUGCUUUCAUCAAUAUACCUGGAGUCGCAUCAGUCGACAGUGAGUUCAGAUGAAGUGCAAGUCCUUCAGGGGGAAGCAUAUCAAACUCCAGAUGAGGCGUCUGGCCCCUCGAUGUGUAUCACACGAGAGAAGACCAAUACGUCCCACCACCGUGCAAAUGACGCUGCGAUUGCUGGGAAUAUGUCUCAAUCAGGUGAUGAUCUGGCAUCACCAAGAUUCACAGACAAGCUUUUCCCCGAGGCUUCUUUGCCAACCCCUUGGGACGAUCAUGAGGCCACCAGCCCAUCAGUUACAGGCAACGAUCAUUUAAGUUCACUCAUAGACUCAACAUGCACUGCAACCCAUCAGCAUUGCACAGAUGGGACCGCCAGUCAGUUCGAUACCUUGGAAAGUCUUUGGGAGUGGGAAGAUAUGUACAUUAAGAAUUCGCCUGGACUUGUAGACAUAUUGUAG